AUUUCCGGAAAGCCUAGGGAGGGCGGGGCCAGCUUACGGCCUAGCAGGCUGGGGCAUCUGGCGGUGCGGUGAGGUUAGUGGGUGUCUGGGGCCCUCGGAGAGGGAGUUAAAAGUUCUCUUUUUUGUGCAAGAAGGCGUAGAAGGAGCCUUUGUUUAGCUACAGAGAAAGGAGUGGGAUUGAGUCGCGUUAGUGUCGAGUUCGUAGGCUCCGGCACGCAUUGCGAGAUUGAAUUCGGGAUCCUUGGCCGAGAGCUUCCCGCGCGGCAGCCGCUCCUUCCUCGGGUCGGAUCCAGAUCGGACCACGAGCUGACUCGUCCUUGGGCAGAAGGAGGUCCUCCCACCAGAGGGCUGGAAGGAGCUGCCUGAUUUAGGGAGGACGCGGGUCACCGUGGUGAGCGAUCUAGAAGGAAGUCUCUCGUUUCGCCCGAUUUCUCCCCGUGCUAUCCCGGCUUAGGGGCUUGAAAAAAGCAAAAUAGCCUUUUACACUCGAGGUUUUCAUCAGAUCAGAGAUGGAAGCAUGUGUAACAAAUUACACUUCCUUACAAACUCUCAAUAGGGUGGUAUCAGCUCGAAUAGUUAUGUCGACGCCGUCGCAGGUCGACUUGAUAAGCAGGGAUCGGUGCAUCCGUCCACGGCAAGUCUUAAAUGCCUCCUUUGAACUGUAAUAAAAUCUUUCCCAUGCUUGCGCUCUUUUCUCCGGCGUUCCGGGUCGUCUUCGGUAUUUAAUUUGGGGCGUGUUUUAAUUCGUGUUUGCGUUUGGAGAAACGAUUGUAUCUUUUGAUGCGCUGUCAUUGUAACCUAUGGAAUGAAAAUCAUUGUGUAGGAACCGUGUAUGUGCCUCAAAGUGAUUUUUUACCUAAAAAGUAGAAAUUGGUGGAACCAAUCACAGAGCUUAGAAGACCUAACAUUCAAAAAAAAAAAAAAAAAAAAAAGACCUAACAUUCAGGUUAAAUCAUGGGGGAAAAGAAGUGACUCGUGAAAAAUUCUAGUUCUUAAUCGCCAGAAAUUUAUCUGCAAAAUUGUGGGUGUACAUUUUUAGAAGAAAGCGUUGAUAAAAUUAAAUUCUCAAAGAGAGUAAUGCUUCAUCCAGAGUAAAAUUCCUAGUUCAGUCUUAACUCAUGGUUAUGUAACAGCUAAGCUAUGUCCACAGGGGUGACUUUUUCAAAACCAAACAGCUAAGUAGUACUGUUGCCCCUACAUUUCCUUGGGCUUGAGCAUCCUUUUUCACAGAGAACAAAGAGGCAGCAUUUCAUUUAUGGCCGUGGCAGCAAUUUCAUAACUUGCUUAGGCUGUAAGUAUUCAUUGAAUAAAAACAAGGCUGUAUACCUGUCCACCUGGAUUGGAACUGAGCCUGCUUCCUCUAAAACCUGUUUUCUCCAAACACAGGAUGUGGAAAGCCAUCUGCUCUCAUUCUGAAAAUUGCAGUUGCCAAGAAACAGCCAGUUGUUGAGUUAAUCAUCACUAGCACAUGAGAGGAUUUAAUUUUAGUUUUGCUUUUAAAUUAUUGAUUGAUUUUUGCACUUGUGCCAUCAUUGAUUCAUUUAGUCCUUCCACAGAUGCUUACUGAGUGCCUGGAUUUGGUUUGCCAGAGAAGAAACAGCCAGCUUUCUGUUUUUGGUGGUGGUCAGGUGAAUGUCCUGCAGCAGGAGUAGGAUGAUGUGUAGAAAGAUCAGCCCUGUUACAAAGACCAUAACUCUGAUACUCUUGUACCCACCCUUGAUUUUUAACAUGCAAAUUUGCAGCUUUUGAAUUCUGUUAAGCUUCCUGUGUUGUAGUCCCAGAUGGCUUUGCUCCCCUUUAUAUUUCAGAGCUGAAGGAAAGGGGGAUAGAGCUUCCCAGCCCUUAGACACUCGGACUUUGUCCUGAUGGAAGCUUGCUUCCUAGGAGGACUCCAGGUGAAAUAAUACUAGAGGUUUGCACUUGGGGUUUAGGAGCCAAACAGGUGUGAACCCUUUGUUGGGUAAUUAAUACAGCAAAUUCACCAUAGGAAUCAAACUGCAAUCAGCCUAUAGAAUUACAAAGACAGCUGCUUAGCUAAUAUUGUUCCAUUAGGGAAGCUGGUUAUGUAAUGGGGUACAUGGGAGAAGGCUGCAGUAUUUGGGUCCAGAGGUUCUGGUCACCAACGUAGGCACGGAUGCCAAAGUGGAAUUCACUGGGCUGGGUGAUAUUGGUCACAGCGCAAUCUCAAGUUCCUUAUCCCUCAGGAAGGUGUGUUGGCGUGGUCCUUGCACCUUUAUCGUUAGGCCUGGUCUUCAGAUUCACCUCCAGUUCUGAUGUCUAUUUUCUGAUGUCUAUUUUAUUUGUGGUGAUUUCCACAUUGGCCCGGUCCUCUCUCCAUUAAUUUCUAAUUUAGCUGCCUAUAAUAAAAGUAACAUUUUAACAGAAUUCUUGACCAAUAACUUUUUUUGAUACCAGAAAUCAAGCUCAUGACUUCACACUUGCCAGAAAGGCACUUGUGCCACUGAGCUAUAUCCCUGGCCAUGACCAGUACAUUUUAUUGGAUGAUGUCUGAGCUGCUUAUAACAGUGGACUGGGAAUGUGGCCCACAGCUGUAAUCCCAGCAGGUUAUAAUCCAGCACUUGAGAGGCUGAGGCAGGAAAGUCAGUGUGAAUCCAAGGCCUUCCUGGGCUACAUAAACUCAGAAUUCCAAAAGAAAAAACAAAAAAAACAGUGACUUAAAUAAAACAGUUAAACCAGAAAGUAGAACAGAUUAAGGGUGACAGAGGAAGUCUACAGUUGUGAGGAACCCAGACAUCACUGCUUUUAUCUGGAGUGUCUUUUGACUUUUACUUGGAGUACUUUUAUUUGCUCAUUCUCUCAGAGAGACUCGUCAGAGCACACCAGGAAGACUUUGCCUAGGCCCAUAUCCUUGGUACCGUGAUCACUGUGGUUGGGUCUCAUGGUGGAGCAGACUCAUCUCCAAACAACACAGGCAACUGGAAACUGUAAAGCCCAGGAAUGGAAGGUGUCAGUGGAUGGAAAAUUACUACAAGAAAACAGCGGGUUGGGGGGGAUUCUGGCUAAACCAACCUAGCAGGAUUCUUGCUGAAGUCAAGCCCGGGUGAUCAGACAUCACUGAGGUGUGAAAUACCAUGAAUGAUCAGAUGUCCAGAUGAGGGGUUCUGGCUAAACUGACAGCAGAGUUUUUGGGCUACACUGGGUUUUUUAAGCAUGGACACAGGUAUUGUGUGUGAUUCCCCACUUGAUUUCACGUCCUGGCCAUGACCGCUGCAGUGAUGUUAGUCUGGGGCAUCACAUCCUAGAUCACUGCUCCAGGCCUGGGAACAGGGGGCGGGCAAAAGGGCUCCAUCUGAGCAAAGCCUUUGUCUAUACUGCUUUCUUCAAAUGGCUUCUUUUAUAUUUUAGCCAGGCUGGACAUCUGACCACUUCUAGCUGCAAGCAAGAGCUACGAAAUAGAAUCUUUAUCCAGCCUAUUACUACCUCAAUAAAAUCAGAAUUCUGUUUGGUUUUUAUUUUUCUAGUACUAGAGAUUGAACCCAGGGUGUUUUUGCACUGAGUUACAUCCCUAGCUCAUUUUUUAUUUUGAGACAGGGUCUUACCAAGUUCCUAAAUUGCUUACGCUUGGCCCCAACUUGCGAUCCUCCUGCUUCCGUUUCCCAGUACUGGAAUUACAAGGGAUGCACUGCCAUGCAUGGCUGGACCUCAGUGUUCAUGUUACAACACUGAAGUUUGGCAGUACCACUGGCUUUCGCAUACCUUUAUUUUCCUUUAAAAGAAUACUGAACAACAAAGGCCCGGUGUGGUACACGCCUGUUAUCCCAGCAGUGGGAGACAGGAGUGACAAGGCAAAGAAAACUCCCAACCUGCUAGGUGUCCACAACGAGUUUGUGUUCUCUAAAAUUGAAGAAUGAGGGCCAGGGACACAGCUCAGCAGCACAAGCGCCUGCCUGGCAAGCGCUAGGUCCUAAAUUUGAUUCCCAGUAGCAAAAAAGAAUAAAAUUGAAGAAUGAAUUCUAGAACAAUGGGUUAUAAGAGCAGAAUCUAGUUAUUGGAGGAACAAAGCUUCUAAGACAGAAGGGGUCCCAAGUGAGUUGUCCAAGACCCCGUAUUUCAAGGCAGUAUUACAGAGCAAAACCAUGAGGUGAGGCAGGUCCAAGGUGGGGAAAGCUAUAAUCAACCAGUGAGACUACAAGGAUUACCGCUUUGGUAACAUUGGUCCAAUGGGAAAUCACAAGAUGGGUAUGGGGUGGGAGAAAACUAUGGUCAACCAAUGAAGUUAGGAGCGUAAUUGCUCAGGUAAUACUGAUUAAAUGCGGAUCAAAUAGGGAAGCUAGUCAGGUAGUGGGUAUGGAACAGAACGAGCUUUUCCUGGAGGAGUGGGCCAGUGGUUCUUCCUGGCUUCCCCAAGGCGAUACCUAUUUAUAAUAUCACUCACUUGUUUAUCCAUAGAGGAAGUCUGUGAGUGCGUUUGUUUCAUCUUGUCUUGUGGUCUCUUUGCCCAGAUGCAAUGUCUCCCAUCUUCUGCACUCUGUCCAGGGGUUGGCCCUGCCUGGCUGCCUAGAAUAUUCCUAGCCACCUUAGCUGUCUACAGUGGGAGGUCACACAUUCAAGCACCACCUGGGCAAAUUUCAAGAAUUAAACAAUGGAUGUAGGGAUGUAGGGCAGUGGUCCUAGAUUCAGCCCCUACUAUCAUUAAAAAACAAGACACCAAAGUCAGAACUAUGGAAAUAUUUCUUAAAAAUGUUAUCCUGUACAUGUACUGAUGUAGGUGCAUAUGUGUUGAGAGAAACAGAGAGAAAACCACUUCUGAGCCCCAUACUUUUGCAACUCAUUGGAAUAAAGAUUUCAACCUACAGUGGAUUAAAGAAAACCACUAAGUGUUGGUUCCAGUAGUUGUUAGUAAAUAAGAAGCAUCAGAUUGUGACAUUUGUCCUUAGGCUUUAGUUAUUAAAGUCUCCAUGUGCUUGCAGGGGUGCAGGGGAGAUGCUUGGGUUCUUCCCAGUUGACCCCCGACGUGUCCAUACAGGAGCGCGCGGAUUAUCCUACCCCGAGGCUUGAGGGAGGAGUCCCUGCAGAGGUGCCCAGGUGGCCCCGGUCAUCCCUGCCUCCGCCCACACCUUUGCCUCAUUGUCAGGAAACCCAGCCGGGAGCUCGCUGGCAGGAGCCUCCAGGACCUGGCUCCACCCCCCCCCCCCAUAGCUGCCUUAGGUCUUGGGAAGGGGUCUCCACCAGCUCCCAGUUUUGGGCAGGAAAGUAUAAAAGUUGUGAGUUCCAGCGUUCUUUGGGAAAGUUUCUGCAUAAAUGGCCAGGUGGGAGAACUUCGCAGGUUUUGGCGUAGCUCAAGAAAAUAACUAUUUCUACUACUGGCAAAGAGUGAAGCCCGAGCUCCCACCCCGACAUGGCUAUCACUGUGCCGUCUGUGAUGAGCGGGCUCUGGGCUUUUACACUCUACCCAGAGGUGGCUUCAGCUGCGCGGUGGCUGGAAAUGGACCUCAACUUGUGUACCAGGUCACUGGACACCCAGCUGGAACUUCAGCGCCGCCCCAGGAAACCAAGCUGAAAACCAAGUUUCCAGCUGAAGGCCAAGACGAAGACUCACUAAAAGAUCCAAAUCGUCCUUUGGAUAUUGAAGAAUUAAACAAGGAGUUUAUGGCAAAAAGUGAAGAGCUCUAUGACGCCCUCAUGGAUUGUCACUGGCAGCCCCUGGACACGGUGUACUCCAGCAUCUCACAGCAGGCCUCAGAGUGAGCAGGCUGUCCACUCAGCGACCCAGCUGCCAUGGUCAUCAUUUCUUGUUUUGGUUUAGGAGGGAGAAAGAAAAAAGAAAAAAUUCUCCCCAAAUGGCACUGGAUGCUGUGGAUAUAAACUUCUGGGAUUUAAAUGUGAUUGGCAUGGUAGAAAGAUAUAAAUAAACUUUCCCAGCACAUGCAUUCCUAGAAGUGUGGUGU